UGUGCGCUCCCACGUGUGCCCCCCCAGUUUUGAUGACUGAAAAAAAACAAGGUCCGUUUCCGUCGCUGUGUACGUGGCCACACCUAGUAACCGAUGACAUUGUCGAAAAUUAAACAGUGUCAAGUUGAAAACACAACCACCACCCCCAAAUUAAAAAAAAAAAUAGAAGAGAAAAUAUGAUGGUGGUUCUGUGAUAUUUGGAACUAGAAACAUCUUAGCAUUUUAGAUUUAAGAACUCUGUGACUUUUUUCCUCCAGAGGAACUCUAAAAAAUGGUUUUGUCACCUUGUGAGACUGGAAGAGACAAUAAGUAACUUUCACAACUAGCAACUGUCAUUUCUCAAACUGCCUCAGAAUCUUCUAGGUGCAACAUUCUGUUAUUUCUGAGAAAAUAUGAUCUUUCAAAACAUUCUACUUGUUCUUUGAAUAGUAGAAGCAAAGCUAAUCACCUUUCAUGAAGCCCUGUUUCCAGUACUUUAGUUUUAUCAGCAACCAGAACAAAGUCUCUGGUAGAAACACUCAGGGAAAGAGCCAAAGGAUCAAAUCACAGUUCUAAACCAGACACCUACUAUGAUGGGUAACAAUCAUCAGCUUCACCUGAUUCUUAAAAUCUCCAAAGAGAACAAGAAGUUGCUACCAGUCACGAAAGUGUUGUUAAAGGAUUACAAACUGGAAAAAAAAAAUUAUCUCUGACUGAUGGGUCACUACUCUAACAUGCAUCAAGAAGGAGGACACUCAGGGUGACUCUGCUUUAACCAACAGAAAAUGCAUAAGAAUUUUCAUUCUUACUCCUAGGUGAAAAGACAAAGUUCCUAUCACUUUUCUUUAUAGAUAAUAAAAAUCCUCAUGCAUAGGAUGAUAGCUUUCUGUAAGGGAAAUUUGCAACAGGAAAGAAUAGAAAUGAAGAAAGAAAAAUAAUAGAAGAGAGAAUUCUUAAAAGAAGAUAAAACUCCAGUAUCCUUAAGAUUACCAAAAUGUACAGAUUCUAUUAAUGUGCUCUGCAAUGAAGCAAUCUUGUGGAUUUGACCUGCUUUUGCUGUGUCUAAUUGAAUGUGGCUGUUGGCACCUAAUUUCAAGAGGGUUCCCAGUGCCGAUUUCGACACUGUGAAGAAGCCCUUGGCAGUGACACUGUGUGCUCAUUAUGGAGAGAGAGAAAAUGUUUAGAUCCACUUUGCAGAUUUAGACACAUGGAAAUGCAGCAAAAUUGCAGCAUUUCAUGUUUUUGGGAAACUCAGCCUCUUGGUUGUGUGAAGAUCAGUUGUAUCUUUUAUCACAGCAAACCUCGAAAUAUCAAUGGAUUAUUUUUGCCACCAAGUAGCAAUACCACACUACAGAAAGAAAGUCAGGAAGGAGUUCCACCGGUGAACCACAGUCAGGAACCUCUGAAACCUCAGGAUAACAUAACACGACCCAUUCAUCAUCCUUUAGUUUUAAAAACUAACUUUGAGGAUGAAGAGGAGGAAGGAGAGGAACAAAAUGAUUAUUUGGAUUUGGGACAAUUUAAUUUAAAAAAAAUAUAUCCUAUAGAUGCUUCUAGUUUAUGGACAAAGACUCCUGAAGAAAUUGAAGAAAAAAGAGCAAUAAAGGAGAUGUGUUAUAAAUCUGGUGAAUACUAUAGAUUUCAUACUCCUCCAGAUAUUUCAUCAUCAAAAAGCAUAGCUCCUACAGUGGAAAAAGAGCUAGAAAAACCUUUGGAAAAUGGCAGUGGAUUGCAGGAAGGGGAUGGUCUUACAGUUCCAACAAAAUUUAGCCUAUUUGAAAGGCAAGGUGAGAUCAAAACAUCAUUGGAUAGGAAACCAAGGACUGACAUUGCUACUCUAGAAAAUGGAGGAGGUGACUGUUAUGUUCCACAAAGGAUCAUAUUUCUUGGAGUAGAUGAAAGUGAAGCUUUAAGUGAAGAGAAGGAAAUCACCACACCAAAAUGUUCAAAUAAUAAAGAUAACAAGGACAGUCCUCAUCCAAAGCGUUCCCUAACUACCCGACUAGUACCUACAACGCAUGUAUUAAAUGCUACUGAGAAUAUCAGUAUGAAGUGCAGAGAGGACCCCUCUUCAAUGAAUGAUGUCCAGCCAGUGAGGAAGCCUCAUUUUAAAGGUGUGAAAAAAAGAAAAUGGAUUUAUGAUGAACCAAAGAACUUUCCUGGCUCUGGAAUGCGGAGAGCUGUACAGGUCCCAAAUCCCAAAAAUAAAAUGAGUUACCAUCAUAAUAAUAAAAACCGAAAUGCUGAGAAUUCAGCUUAUAUCCACGUGCAAAGAGAUACUGUCAGGACUGUCCCACUGAAUGCACCGCCCCGCAGCAGACCCCCGAAUGGAUCCUACCAUAAAGCUGAUGUUAACAAGGAACCCAAACUCAACCUCUGUUCAGACAAAUAUAUGUCAACUUCAUAUAAUGGUUCAGCCUGGCGAAAACGAAUUCCUUUUUCAAAACCUUAUUCAAAAACUGAAAAAAUAUAUCCAGAGCCAAGAAGAAAUGGUAGCAAGUAAACUUGGAGGUUGAGAGAAGAGAAAAAUGAGAAAAGAGAUAAGUGCCAGCCAUCAUCUGAUUUACAAUCAACAAUGAAAAUUCAAAGAAUGAGAUAUUCAAGUACUCCAUACUAUAUACUGGAUAGCCAAAGAUGAUAAAAUGCAAAUUCUGAAAAUAAGAUGCAGGAAGUACAUUGUGCUCUUUCAAAACUGAUAAAAAUGCAAAUUACAAACAGCUGCCUGUGUAUUUAUGUAGGUCUGGAAUUUAUUCAAUGCAUUACCACAACAUUUAAUAAAGUUUAAAAGUUUGAGAA